AUGGAGACCCUGUUCCUGACCAUUGUGCUCGGUUUGGUCGCUGCCCUGCAGGCCCAGGACCCCCUGUCCUUCACCUCAGAGGAGCAGGAUCUCACAGGGACCUGGUACGUGAAGGCCAUAGUGACUGACAGGGACCUGCCGGAGGGGAAGAGGCCCAGCAAGGUGUCCCCUGUGACAGUGACAGCCCUGGAAGGUGGGGACUUGGAGACCACAUUCACCGUCAUGAAGGAGGGUCAGUGCCACCAGAAGAAAGUACUGAUGCAGAAAACCGAGGAGCCAGGCAAAUACAGCACCUAUGGGGGCAAGAAGCUCGUGUAUCUACAGGAGCUGCCAGUCAAGGACCACGACAUCUGGUACUGCGAAUGCCACCACCACGGGAAAGUGCACCUCAUCGGAAAGCUCAUGGGUAGGAGUCCCGACAUGAACCCAGAGGCCCUGGAAGAGUUUAAGAAAUUCAUACGGCACAAGGGACUCCUGGAGGACAACAUUUUCAUACCCACGCAGAUGGCUCAGCACCUGGUCUCCACUCGGUCCAAUCCCCCAGCCCGCACACCCACUGAGGAUGCCCAGCAGCCUGCCCGCUCGAUGGAGGGGCCGGGGUUGCUCUCGAGCCUCCUGGCCCAGCAGUGA